UAUUAGGGUGUGCUGCAAUCUAGUAAGGAGAGAAGCAAACAACGUGAAUGUGCUGCAAACUUCAACUGACAGUUUGAAACUCGUGAGCUCUUCACAUCUACUAAUAAGUUCAUCAUUGUGAAUCUUCUGGCCAUAGCCAUAGCAGACCAAAGCAAGCAGGAAAGACAAGCGUGGUAGCAGACGUGACAAGAAAAAUGGCAUCGUAUUCGGAAGACCAGUUGGCCGAAUUCCAGGAAGCUUUCCAACUUUUUGAUUCACGUGGUGAUCAGAAAAUUCAUGUCAAUCAAAUUGGUGAUGUUUUGAGAGCUCUUGGCCAGAAUCCUACGGAAUCUGAUGUGAAGAAAUUCACGCAUCAACACAAACCAGAUGAGAGAAUAAGUUUUGAAGUAUUUCUUCCAAUUUAUCAAGCCAUCUCUAAAACACGUACAUCAGACACUGCAGAUGACUUCAUUGAAGGUCUGCGGCAUUUUGAUAAGGAUGGAAAUGGUUACAUUUCAUCAGCUGAGCUUCGACAUCUCCUCACUACUCUUGGUGAGAAAUUGACAGAUGAAGAAGUGGAACAGUUAUUGUCUGGGCAAGAAGAUUCCCAAGGAAAUGUAAAUUAUGAAGAAUUUGUGAAAAUGGUUAUGUGUGGUUGAAGUAAUAAAGUUGAUCCUGGUCAAUCAGCUUUUCUAUCCAAGCAUAACUUCUGUGUGUAUAUAUAAAUAUUCCCUAACAACUUUAGGUUUUGUACAUUUUGUUUUAUUGUGUACAAGAGCUAGAUGUCAAAAUUACUUUGCUACCAAAAAACAAAAAAAAAAAAAAAAACAUUUUGUUAUUCAAAGAACUCUUCUGCUAUUUUUCCUAAUUAUCGUUGCUUACUUUGCUUCAUGUAAGAAAUUUAUAUAAAUUAGCAUUUUAAGGGUUCUGUAUGGUGAAGGAAAGGUCUUAAUUAUAUCAUAAGUAUUUUGAAUAUCUGUAUUGUCCUUUGUUUCAAUACUGCAAAAGGUUCUGAGAUAAUAAGUUUUACAUGUGUAAUCACAAAAAAGGGUAUUCAGAGGAACCUGAAUUUAAUAUUAAUUGUGGCCUUAACGUAAAUGUUUUAAUUAGAGAUUUUUUUGUGAGGUAGUGCAGCAAGAAUUAUCUAUAACAUAUAUAUUUGGGUUACAUUUACUGUAUUUAGUUUGUUCUGAAAAUUCAGGUGACAUUCAUUUUCAGAUACAGUGAUUUGUAGCACACUUAAAGUUAGUGUAUCAUCACAAAAAUAUUGCCUUUUAAUGGAAGUGUGUUCAACAUCACAUUCACAUAUUUCUAAGGAAUGUCAAAUUGUCAAUGUUCUAUUCAUUAGGAAUCUGUAUUUCUUUUGCCUCUGUUACAUAUGCAUUCAAGUUUAUUUCAUAAUCCCUAAAUAUUGCUCUUGGCAGAAUUCAACAUAACAUAACAAGUAUUGUUUCUUUUUUAGCCUGUAGUAUUUUAGUUGUUAGGGAAUGCUCAUUCCAAACUGAGCUGUUAUAAAUGGUUUUAAAACAUUCCUGCCAUGUAUUUUGUAUCUAAUAGCAAUCCUUUAUGAUGUAAUCUGUUUUAUUUAAAUAUUACAAGGAAUAUUACUUUUUCAUUCAUUUUUAGAAAGAAAUACAAGAAUGCUUCUAAUAAAUUACGUAUUAUGUUUCAUCAUGUGUGUUAAUAGUUCCAUUCCUCGCCUUUUGCUAUCCUUUGAUCUAAUUCCUGGUCAUUUGAAUUGCUUUUAAAGGCAGGUUCCAUGCAUUUUACUCUGACUGUAAAUCUGCCAUUGGUUGGUAAUCAGUGAGAUAUUAAAAAAAUAAAAUCUUUCAUUUUCUGAAACAUCUAU